UAAUUAUAUAAUUUUGAUUUUUUAAUUAUAUAUUUGAUUAUUAUAUGGCGCAUUGAACAAAGUUAAUCAAAUCAAUUAGAUUCUGGAAUCGUAAUAAUAAAGAAAUUAUUAAAUUUUACUUUUUUGUUAAAUAAAUUUUACUCUAUUUCUAACAUAGAAAAUCGUAAUUUUUUAGAUUUUAUUAAUUUAUUUUAAAGAUUUUUACCUUAAACCAAUUUUUUAAAUUUUUAAUUUGAGAGAUAAAUAUAUAUAUUACCAUAUAUUAUUUACUGUCUUAUAUCUAUCUAGCUUACAAUUUAAGCAAAGUUAUAUAUUCAUAAAUUUUUAAUAUAUAGUAUUAUUGAUAAAUGCUAUUGCAGAAGAAUAUGCGGUUAAAUCGAAAAUUUUUACUACUUUACUACUUUUAUAUCAAUAAUAUAAAUUUAAUUUAUGUAUCAUCACUAGAUGCUUUUAGCUCGGAAAAAUUCUCAGAAAUUUUUGAAAAAAAUGUGACAAUGACGACGAACUUUACUGAUGAAUUGCUUACUAAAGCUCUGUGAAAAAAAUCUUUAAAAAAUUAUUGACGUAGAAGAUAAUAAAGGUAACAUUUUAAAAGGGGAAAAAAGGAAACAAAAAUACGAUAAACUAAAAAAUUAAAAUAUAUUCACUGUUUUCACUUUUAUUGUAUAUUAUGUCGAUAAUUAAAAAAUUUUUUAUAUUAAAAAAUUUUAAUAAGUAAUUUAUAGCAAAGUUUGCCAAUAUCAUACUCAAUUUUACAGUAUUUUUCGAAAAUGAAAAACAAUCUGAUUUUUUCCUCAAUUUUAUUUUUCCUGAAAAUUAGAAUACUAAGUCAUUAUAUGUGAUAUUCUUUAGCUAUCGUAUAUAAUUAACAGAGCAAAAAUGUUAUACAUUUUAGAAAAACAAUUUUGAGUAGUAAUUUUCUAAAUUUUUUUUAAAUUUAUAGCUUAUGGAAUUUUGUAUGUCCAAAUGCUUGGGUCAAUCUCGAAAAUUAAUUAGAAAUUCUUGAUCUUCUUUUGUAUAUUAAAGAUUUCUAAAUUGCUUAUUUUUCGAAACAUAAUUUUCGAUACAUAUUUAUAUAAGAACAUUUGUCGUGUUAAAAUACUUUUUCUGUGGCGGAAAUUGAUGGAUUCUAUCCGUGGAGAAAAAAAAUAGCAACGUCUAGAUGACAUAGUAGACAGUAAAUACUAACAUAAUUUUUGCCAACGAUUGCGGAGAAUGGUCGGUCGAGCGUAAAGUCCGGCCGCCUUUUGACCGCUACCUUGAUGCCCUUCGAUGACUCGUAAUGACUACCUGCACGGCAUCAUACUCUAUUUUCUGCACGUAUAAAUGUACGCAUUGCAUUGCCCGCACGACCGUCUUUCGCAGUGCACUGCGACGUAUCUGUUCGUGAAGAGGUCUCCGGAGCAGUACAAAUUUUUCCAGAUGCACCUUCGUGCUUUUCACGUCCUUGCCCUCGCACUGACUGUGGUCGUAAGGGCUGACUGUGACGAUAAAACAAAAUGGUACUCUGAAUUACGAUCCAUAAUCAAGAAUUGCCCGUCAAUGUCCCGGAAUAGCUCCGACCAGGAUGAAUUAUUAGACGUUUUUAGAAGAUGCGUACAGCAUAGAGCCAUCGGCACCUUGGAUACUCUCUUCGACCAAGACGUUAUUACGAUAUUCGAUGGAAUCGAUUUGAUACGACUUUAUUCAAAUGAUAAAAACAAUACGGAAUAUAAAGAUAAUUUUAAUGAUGAAUUGGAAGAGGAGGACAUUAGCUGGUCGUCGAUCAUCUGGAAUCGAAUAAAACGCGUUCUGCGGACUCACGCUUUCAAAAUUGACGUCGAUCAUGUAUUUAACACAGCUUCUAACAUAACCACGCGGAAUCUGGACAGUAUUGUUCAAGGACGAAAACGCCGUCGUAGGCACUACAUGCUCCCACUAAUGAUGAUGGGCCUGCUGUUGAUGGGUACAAUCCUAGUGCCAAUGGGCUUUCAAUUCCUCGCAGUGUUGGGCGGCAAAGCCCUGAUACUCGCCAAAAUGGCUCUUAUACUAUCCAGCAUACAAGGUCUGAAAAAAAUAGCUACCAGUGGCGUCAAUUACGGAUUAUAUCACGUCCCAGAUCACGGUUGGCAUGACAGAAGUCAUCAGAUUCCCAACGAGGAAGAAAAUUAUCCGGUAUAUCUGCCUCCACGUCCUUAGUUCUUCGCCAAAUCGAACGUUUCAAGUAUAUACAAGACAUUCGAAAAAGCUCUAAUGCGCAUUGUACUGUCAUCGAUAAUAUAGAGGGUGAAACGAAUUGGAAACAAUCGACAUUAUUUCUUGAAAUUGAAUUACUCACGGUAACACUUAUAUUUUAUUAAUAAAUCACGUAUAGUGAUUUACUUUAUUUUUUCUUCGAGACGUUUCACCUACAUUGCCGUACAUUUCGCCGCAAGCUAUUUGAUUAUACCAAGCGUUCAACAAUCUUCACUUGGUGUUUCACAUUUAUAUCUUCCAAACUUUUUAAUAUGUUAAUCUCAAUCAAACAAAAUUUUCAUAGACUUAAUAAAUUGUACAAACAAUUGACGACUACGCGCAAAGAAUCGAUAUUUGAAAGUAUUCGCAACUUUUUAGAUUUUUAGGUCGCCGGCACCCACAUGUUGAUUUAUCUAUCACGGUAGAAUUGCAAAUCAGCAAUUGUAUUACUGAUAGAUCCGUAAAUAGAUUGUAUUAUUUGUAGUUUGUUUCCAUCUUCGUGACCAUCGAUGGUUUAAUAGUAAACAUGAGAAUCGGCCGCGCGUUCCGUUUUGCUGACGUGCAAGUCUCGUUGAGGAUACAGUCUGUCAUAUAAAAGUUUCGUCUGUGUGUGUAUGUGUGUGUGUGUAUGUGUGUGCUCAUACAAGAGAAAGAGAUUAUUAUUUUCUGAGAAUACACGCAUGCAUGCACGCAAAUAACUAUCUAAAAUGCUCUUAGAGUCCUGUGUGCGCGUAUGCAUAUUUUAAAAUAAUAAUUUUUUUCGAUUUUUUUUUACACAUACGCUUAUAAGUACAAAUAUUGCAGUGCAUUAAACACGAAAUAUCAAUAAUUGAUAUCGUUUCACCGUACGGAUUCUUAUAAAAUUCUACAAUUGAAAUGGCAGUUACAUAUAAUUUACAUGUUAAAAAUCGGUAUUGUUAUAAUCUAUCACAAUUUGAUAGAUUAUAGCAGGUGACAAUCACGAUUGUCUCGGUUAUUUAUUCACGAGUGUCGUCGGGAUACAUCGCAUUUAACUUCUAUGGGGAAGCAUGCUUACACAAUGUCCAUCAUUUACAUCUAAAUAGAUACCGUCAAGCAAAGAGAUUUUGAUGUCUAUGGACUAUUUUGAUUCGUGUAUAAAAAAAAUUUGUACUGAGAUAUUGACUAAUAUUUGCUUCUAUAUUUAAUUUCUGUAUUUAGCGUAUAGAGAAUAGAUUUGUUAAUAAAUAAAGCGAUUAUUAGUCAGUAUCUUAUAUCAAUGCUUAUUUCUGUGAUUGUAUAAAAUAAAAUAAUUAUUACAAAAA